UAGUAGUAGUAUAUAAAAUGAGGGAACUUCUCUAUAUUGUAGUAACAUCAAAGAAGAAGAAUAUUAUAAAACGCAGACUUGACUCUAGAGUAACCACCUAUAUAUGAAUGAAUAAAUUAGUAUAGUUGGCAGAGGGAUGGAAGAAGGGACGGCAUUUGUUUGAGAGAGACACCUAUUUUACUCUAACAUUCAUAUAAACAUAUAUAUUUUUACCAAUUGUCCCUUCACCACCAUUAUUAUUAUGAUGAUAGUAAUAGCAUAGAGAGGAGGAGAAGGGGUUGGGCUCUCUGGUCCUGUUUUUUUGUUCUUCUCCUCUGAAUAAGACUAGUUUUUCUUUUUCCCUACUUGGUUUUUCCUUUCCAUCAUCUCCCCUCAUUCUUAUCUCCAGUUCUUGGUUUUCAUUUCAUGUCCUUCUUCAUCAUCUGGAUAUAGUAGUAUUAGAUUUCAGAUAAAAGGGUUGUGGAAAAUUGUAUAGAAAUACAUACAUAGAGUGAUUUAGGAUGGGGAACUGUCAAGCUGUAGAUGCUGCUGCACUUGUGAUACAACAUCCAAGUGGGAAGAUAGAUAGGUUGUAUUGGCCUGUUACUGCCAGUGAAGUCAUGAAGAUGAAUCCGGGUCAUUAUGUUUCUCUCAUAAUUCCACUUCCUAUGGCUCCUCCUGGUCAAGCUGGGAGUGGCGGAGGUGGCGGUGGCGGUGACGGCGACCGGAAUUCAGAUGAUAGAACCAUAAGGUUCACUCGGGUUAAGCUUUUAAGGCCUAGUGAAACUCUAGUUCUUGGCAGAGCUUAUCGGCUUGUCACCACUCAAGAGGUUAUGAAGGUCUUGAAAGCAAAGAAGUAUGCAAAAAUGAAGAACCACCAACCAGCCAUUGACAAAUUGGAAUCACAGCUGCCAGAAAAGCAAGGUUCAAGUGGUGGGGCAGAACCAGGGAAGUCUGAACUGGACAACAACUGUCAGGUAAACUUAUUCACUCCUUAAUUCUGCCUUUCUGUCUCUCUCUCUCUUUUUCUCUCUUUAAUCUGCAUGCGAGAAUGCAUGAAAACGUAAAGAGGAUAGUAGACACCAAAUUGACUACACAGUUUUCAUGGUUCUGAAAAUAUUAACUUUCAAGUUUGAGUUGGCUGUCCUCAAAAACUGAUCAUGUACAUCAGGAACUAAAAGUUACAGCUCUUUUCAAGUGCUGAUCUUUGUCUGCUAAUUGAUGAUUUCAGUCGACGAGGAGGGAAAGACAUUGCCAGCAGCGGUCAGGGCCAAAUAACAUAGGCAGAUCAAAAUCAUGGCGGCCGAGUUUGCAUAGCAUUUCUGAGGCUGCAAGCUGAAGGCUGUUGACGAUGAUCAACUAUCAGUACAUAAGUGGGCUUCAGAAUUUGUAACCACAGAUUAAGUCCACAAAUGAUCUUCGGAAAUGUUAUCUAUUGUUGUAUAGCAGAUAGGAAAACAAGAUGAGAGCUGACACACUGUAUGAUGACCAGGAAAAAGGGUUCAUAAUGAAGCUGCAAAUUGCUUCCACCUCAUCCUUUGGGUACGGCUUUUUUGGUUACUUUUUUUAAGGGAAAAUAAUACCAAAAUACACCAUUAUUUUUCUGGUGUGGAGUUCCAACUUUCCCAAUCCUGAUCAACAUAAUUUUGAGCCCAUAAGAGAGAUGAUCUUGCAGCUAAAGGUGCUCCGGGGAGUUUCCUCUCCUUGAGUGCAACCAUCAUAUCAGUGAAAGGCUCCACCAAUAAUGUCCCUGGUCCUCCAUACUCCUUGUGCAAGAAUUCACUAAAUAUCUUGAUGUGACAAGGGAAGCAAGUUUAACAAAGUUGUAUCAAAAAUUGACCCCGAAUAAUUGAAUUCUUUCAGGAAUCUAAGAUCAAAGCAUCCACCUUUAUUCCUAGAUAAUUAUCAGUGAGGUACAAAAUGUCAGAUGCUACAUACGUAAGAAAAAAACAUUUUUAACUUUUAAGAUCAGAUAUUUCUUACAUUAGUCAAUCUCCAAGCCACGUUCAAGUCAAAAUAAGCCAGGUCUCAUGGAAAUGUCUUAAACCCAAAAAAAAAAAAAAAAAAAAAAAAAUUAUAACAAUUCUGCAAGCAACUUACUAUAGCGGGAUUCAGGAGUAUGACGACUAAUCUGAUAGCAUUUAUUUCACUAACCAAGAUUGCUCUCUGUUAAAUAGCUCCAAAUGGCAGUUUGUGCACAGACAAAGUUUUUUUUUGCUAUCUUAUAUUUGGACUUUCCUCCUGUCAACCCUAAUAAACUAAUAGUCGUAGUCUAAUUUUGAGUUAUAAGAUGGAUUUCCUUGUUCUUUUUUUGUGUUUUUAGAUUCCUAAGUCAUGUUGAAUAUUCUUCAAAGAUAGUUCAUUCAAGAUGAAGACAAGCAGCAGCAUCCAAUACACCAGAGCAGAAAGGAUAAGAAGACAAACAUGAUCAAACAAGGUGACUACGAGACGGAUGAAACAAAAAACAGCCAUUUCCUUUCCUUCCCAUGCAAUCAUUCAAUAUUAUCUUCCAAGAUAGAAUUUGGGGAAAUCGAAUCUAGGAUUACUGCUUUCUAGAUUCCCCAUUUGUCUCUAUGUCAAUGAACUUUGAGCUUUAUUUAAGUAGUGAAUUGCUUGGCUAUGUGAAAAGUGUUCCUAUUACACAACUUGCAAGCUUCCUGUAUAAAUGGGCCCAGCCCUCAGCAUGAUCCCAAGGCAACAUCAGAACAAGACUGAGAAAUGAAGAAAUUCACUCUUAUCACAGGAACAAAGAAAGCCCAGAUUUUACAUGGAGGAAGUCUAAGGCUCACCUAUUUUUGUUGAAAAUGUAAAACCAAUGGAUGAAAGAAGAGCUUGCACAUGACAUGAGUUCUUGCCCUCAGGCACACAAGAACAUGUGAUUAGCCCUCAGUUUAUAGAGCUAUUGGUUCUUCUUCGUGUUAUCAAUUUAUGGAGCCAAAUCAGCUUCCAAUUAUGAACUGUUUGCAGUAUAAACAUCUUUUGUCAGGGUAAAUCCGUAUUAGAACAGUCAAAGACUGGAAAAAUCAAUCUUUAAUCCUUUUUACCUCAAGACAACUAGAAUAUUAUAGGUUAAGACAAAAUAUAAGUGAUGAAAACUUUAAGAUCUAAACAGUGAAUGAAAACUCACUGAAUUCGUGCACAAGCAUGAGGUCCUAACAAGCUGUCCUCAAUCUCCCAAGUUUGAAGGACGGUUAGAUUAUUCCAUAAACAGAUGAAUUCUUGUUCGCACAAAUAAUCU